GCGGUGGCUCCCGCCUAUUCUCCGAGCUGCUCCCGGUGCCGCGGCAUGGCGGCUCACUGCUCUCUGCAGGCCAAGCGCCUGCUCCUGGACCCCAAAUUCGAGGGUUACAAGCUGUCUCUGGAGCCGCUGGCCUGCUACCAGCUGGAGCUCGACGCGGCUGUAGCAGAAGUGAAGCUUCGUGAUGAUCAAUAUACCCUUGACCACAUGCGUGCUUUUGGCAUGUAUAAUUAUCUUCAUCUUGAUUCCUGGUACCAGGAUAAUGUCUACUAUGUUGAUCAGUUUGGAAGGAUUAUGAAUCUGUCAGUGACUCUGGACACUGCUCUACAAAAACCGAGAGAAGUUUUCCGGCUACCUACAGAUCUGACAGCUUAUGAUAAUCGCCUUUGUGCCUCAAUACACUUCUCAUCUUACACAUGGGUUACCCUUUCUGAUGGUACAGGAAGACUGUAUUUAAUUAAAUCAGGCAAGCGUGGAAACAGUACAUCUGAAAAGUGGGAGAUUGUGUUUAAUGAAGAACUAGGAAGUCCAUUUACUAUAGUACACAGUGUUUCAUUUGUAAAAUCUGAUACUCAUUCAGUAGCUGUGCUGCUGCUUAGGGUAGAAAAAGAUGAAUUGGACACAAAAGGAAGUGGAUUUCAUAUUACCUUGGAAUGGGUUACAAUUGCAGAGAGAAGCAAAGAGGGUGAUCACAGGUAUGAAAUCUUGAAAAGGCGAGUUUUGCAAGGAAAAUCAGUCCCCCAUUAUGCAGCAGUAGAGCCAAGCGGGGAUGGUUUAAUGAUUGUUUCCUACAAACCAUUCAAAUUUAUGCAAGGUGAAGACAACAAAUCAGAAGAAAAUGAUGAUGCAGAAGCAACAAAGGAAAAGAAAGUUGCAGACCCUCUCUAUUACUGGCAGCAGACCGAAGAUGAUGUUACAAUAACAGUUCACAUUCCUGAAGACAUCACUAAGGAUGACAUAAAAGUACGCUUUUCCCCUGAUAACAUAUGUGUUAUACUGAAAGAUCAGCCUCCCUUAAUGGAAGGAAAACUGUAUUCAUCUGUGGACCAUGAAAGCUGCACAUGGAUAAUUAGAGAGAACAAAAGUUUGGAAAUUUCUCUAAUUAAGAAAAAUGAGGGACCCCAGUGGCCAGAGCUGAUAGUUGGUGACACAAGAGGGGAAUUCAUUAUGGACUCUUCGCAAUGCUCUGAAAUAUCUGAAAGCCUGAUGCAUCUUACCUCUGAAGUAAUGAAUCCAAACCCUGAGAAGGAAAAUCCACCUUGUAAUGCUCAAGAAUUAGAAGAAUGCGAUGCUUUUCUUGAAGAUAGUGCAAGCUUGUGCAGAUUUGAUGGUGAUACCUUGAAAAUCACUCAUGUAAUUAAUCUUGGGAGCAACCAGUAUCUUUUCUCAGUUGUUGUGGAUCCCAAAGAAAUGCCAUGCUUCUGCCUGAGGCAUGAUGUUGAUGCUCUUCUCUGGCAGCCCCACUCUGACCAACCAGAGAACAUGUGGGAACACAUUGCAACUUUUAAUGCUUUAGGUUACGUCCAAGCAUCAAAGCAAGACAAGAAGUUCAUGGCUUGUGCUCCAGAUUAUUCCUACGCUGCUCUCUGUGAGUGUUUACGACGAGUUUUCAUCUAUCGCCAGCCGACUCCUCUGGCCACAGUUCUGUACAACAGGAAGGAAGGAAGACAAGUCGGACAGGUUGCUAAGCAGCUAGUAACAACCCUGGAAGCCAAUGAUCCUAUCUUAGGCUUUCAAGCUACAAGUGAGAGAUUAUUUGUUCUCACAACAAAAACCUUGUUUUUAAUAAAGGUGAACUCUGGAAAUUAAUUUAUUCAGUAUAUUCUGCUGCAGUUUGUGUUAAUGAUUUGUUAAAGAAUUGGCAAGGUAAAUGCUCUGAGAAGUUCAGAACUAUCUGCUGAAGCUUAAAAAGGGGAAUCAAAAUUUUUCAUUAAAAUUUAUCUGUAAGAUAGAAAGUUUUUCAACUUGGCUGUCUCUGAAGUAAGCUUUUUCAGAUCUAUGGGAAGAUGUCUUCUGCACUAACAGCUUUCUCAAAGCAGUUUUCAGAAGCUGCUACUGCAUAGGUGGAUAGAUUUAUGCAUUAUUUUUUCCAACUGUUUCCCAUACUUGUGAAUUUUGAGAAUUCAUUUCUGUUUUUAAAUGCCACUGUUUACCUAUGAAAAAAGUAGUCAGAUAAAAAAGAUAAAGCCUUUUGUUGCAAGCAUACAAUAUACAAAGAAGUGUGUAUCGUAAGGAAAAGAAAUCCCAAAUUCCAGUGCUGUUGUCCAAAAAAAAAAUUAUUUAAUAUUUCAAUAUUCAGUAGCAUCAAGUGAAAUGUAAAUGGAAUGAAUGGAAUAUUAUGUUUCUUAUACAGGUAAUUAAUUCAAAUGGAAUCAUUUUGUUGCAUAUGCAAAUUUAGAUUAUUGACUUGGGACUUAACACUUGCAGUAAAAUUUGUUCGUAUUUCAGGAGACACUAGAAUAGCUUUUAGUAGCUUUUUCCUGAAGCAAAGUAAGGGUCAGUGUGAUUACCCAUUGGUGGUAUUAGUUUUAUUUUAAAUAGACAUUGUCAAUACAGUUAAACCAAAAACGGGUCAGUUGUGACGGCUCCACCCUGGGGUGUUUUGCAUUCUUUUAUUCAUAUUUUACUUACAACCCCAUAGCAAAGAAUGUCUCAUAUGUUGUGUACUGGCAGGAAAGCUGUUGUGAUCUGUUGUACCAAAGUACUGAGACAGCCACAGAUUACUGAGACAGACACAAUUGUAACAGGUGGCCUAAUGGUGCAUCUCUUAUUUCAGACCUCUGUAAAAAUCUACUUGUGAGGAAAAUAAGCGUUCCUUUUUUAUGGACUUACAGUUUCUUAGUUGUGAUUGUUUUGACUCUCCUGUAAAUUCUCCAGACUUGUGUCAGUGAAAUUAUUAAAUCAUGUAGUGAGAACUGAAGAGGGAGACAAGCAGUUUCGACUUGCAGAAAUGCCUCCAAAUGCAGGAGCCUUUCAAGGAACCUGAUUUUCCUCCUCCAUGCAGCAGUAUUGUAUAUCCAGUAGUGUCAAGUUUUUUAUCUGCGUAAGUUAAAACAGACUUUGAUUUGCAGACCUUCCCUUCUCAUUCUGGUGUUUGGUGGUUGUUCUGAUUUGUUUGUUUUUGUGUUUUGUUUUUUUUUUAACUGACUUGAAAAUGUUUUUUAAAAAGGCUCAGUGAAUGUAUUACUGUUCCGUGUGUGGUUUGCAUCUACAUUGUCAUUGUUGGGCAGUAAUGUCAAACAAGGUGGUAGAGUUCAUGCGGAGCUCCAUCAAAAAAGGUUUUAUAUAGAUGAUUACUUUGCAACAUAAAGUGCUUAUAGAUUUAUAUGAAUAUUACUUAGUAACCUGAGAUUUAAUCAUUGGGAACACAGAGUUAGGAACACUGUGAUAUUUGGGGAAUGCAGGAAUAAAGGAGAAGGGGUUUUGUCACCUCAGGUCUAUUGCAGGCAGCUUCAGUAUAGAUGAAGAAUUUCAGCACUUCUUUCUCAAAAUCUUAUUGCUGUGGGUGAUACCUGGAAACUUGUGCUGUGUCCUGCAAAAAGAGAAAACAAAGUCAAGUAAAAUGGUUACCUCCUCAGAGGCAGAAUUAUGAUAUGGAAUGACAACUCAAGGGAGUUCUUGUUUGCUCCUGGGAAAAACUGAACAUGGGGAAGAAGUUCAGCCCUUUAUCCCAUAUAACUCAUCUAUUGCAGUCAUGGUGUUGUUGGAAAGGAAAUGUCGGAUAGUCUCUCUUCUAUUUUGCUUUCUGUGAGAGUUAAGGUUAUUGUAUUAGUUAAAGGAUUUGUUGCCUUGAGGAGCCUUGCAUGCAUGUUGCACAGCAAGCUACCAGAAUGAAAUGGAUGCAAGCCACAGGGAGGCAUUUCCUAUCAGCAUUUCCAUUUCUGUGUACACUUAAUUUUAAUCCUUAUUUGUUUAGUGUAUUAAUGUACGUUUAUACAAAGUAUGGAAGUGGAUAUUUAAAAGAGGUGGUUUUCUGAGAACCUUACUUCAAUUUUUUAUUUCUUGAAAUCUUACAUUUUAAGACCCAGUACUUCCUGAGAGGUCCCAAUCACAGUCUGUUUACAGAAUUUCUGUGAAAACUUUUGGCCUUUAUAGACUUGCAUUAUUUAUUUCUAAUAUUCUUUUUCAGUGUUUUCCUUGGCUGUGUAUUUGGAAUGUAUCAUGCAUUUUCUUUACUAGUUUAAAUAAAUGGAAAAAAAUGUUA